GAGUCAUGUGGCUGGAACUUCUCCUGGCCUCAGUGCUGGGCCUUGUCAUCUACUGGUUUGUCUCCCGGGACAAGGAGGAAACCUUACCACUUGAAGAUGGCUGGUGGGGCCCAGGGUCGAAGCCCUCAGCCAGAGAAGAUGAGAGCAUCCGACCUUUCAAGGUGGAAACAUCAGAUGAGGAGAUCAAGGACUUACACCACAGGAUCGAUGGGUUCCGGGCAUCCCCGCCUUUGGAGGGCAGCCGCUUCCACUAUGGCUUCAACUCCAGCUACCUGAAGAAAGUGGUGUCCUACUGGAGGAACGAGUUUGACUGGAGGAAGCAGGUGGAGACCCUCAACCAGUACCCUCACUUCAAGACCAAGAUUGAAGGGCUGGACAUCCACUUCAUCCACGUGAAGCCUCCCCAGCUGCCCUCAGGCCACACCCCAAAGCCCUUGCUGAUGGUGCACGGCUGGCCUGGCUCCUUCUAUGAGUUUUACAAGAUCAUCCCGCUGCUGACUGACCCCAAGGCCAAUGGCCUGAGUGACGAGCAUGUGUUUGAAGUCAUCUGUCCCUCCAUUCCUGGCUAUGGCUUCUCAGAGGCAUCCAGCAAGAAAGGCUUCAAUACGGUGGCCACUGCUAGGAUCUUCUACAAGCUGAUGUCGAGGCUGGGCUUCCAGAAAUUCUACAUUCAAGGCGGGGACUGGGGCUCCCUCAUCUGCACCAACAUGGCCCAGCUGGUUCCCAACCACGUGAAAGGCCUGCACUUGAACAUGGCUUUUAUCUCAAGAAGUCUCUACACCCUGACCCCUCUCCUGGGCCCGCGUUUCGGGAGAUUUCUCGGCUACACUGAGAGGGAUAUCGAGCUGUUGUACCCCUUCAAGGAGAAGGUUUUCUACAGCAUCAUGAGGGAGAGUGGCUACCUACACAUCCAGGCCACCAAGCCAGACACCGUGGGCUGUGCUCUGAAUGACUCACCCGUGGGCCUGGCUGCCUACAUCUUAGAAAAGUUCUCUACUUGGACCAAGUCAGAAUACCGUGACCUGGAGGACGGAGGCCUAGAGAGGAAGUUCUCCCUGGAAGAUCUGCUGACUAACAUCAUGAUCUACUGGACAACAGGAACCAUUGUCUCCUCCCAGCGCUUCUACAAGGAGAACAUGGGCCAGGGCAUCAUGGUCCAUAGGCAUGAGAGGAUGAAGGUCUUUGUGCCCACUGGCUAUUCUGCCUUCCCUUCAGAGAUACUGCAUGCUCCAGAAAAGUGGGUGAAGGUCAAGUACCCCAAGCUCAUCUCCUAUUCCUACAUGGAACGUGGGGGCCACUUUGCUGCCUUUGAAGAGCCCAAGCUUCUAGCCCAGGACAUCCGCAAGUUCGUGUCCCUGGCUGAGCUGCAGUGAUGUCGCUAGCUACCCACAUGGCUUUAGCAGCAGCCCUGGUUCCUCCUCAGUCAUGCUGAGGGGAGAUGACUACCCAGGGGCCCAGACCUAACCCCCCACGGAGUCACCUCUCUCCCCAAAUGUUUCACCCCACUGCACACCUGUGUUAAGCUACAUGGCUUUGAUGAUAAAUGGUUUUAUUUCUAUGA